UUUGGCGCUCCUAAGGACUCCCCGCCACUCUACCCGCACAGGCUGCUGUUGCUGCUGAAUCUUCCGCGCCACAGCCCACAACCCAGACCGCGGACUUCCCCGGCCAGACAUUGGGGACCCGCGCCUGAGCAUCCCCGGGACGUGCACUUGGUGCGCAGGCGGGGGGCGGGAGGAAAGGGGAGGGGAGUUCCUGAUUCCCUAGCGGACCCAGGAAGUUGUCCUUAAAAAUAAAUCUCGCAGGCCCGCGGUUGAGCAGUCACCUCGUCAGAGCAGCAUGUGGACUGGCUCGCCGGGUCCCCUAAGUGCUCUGUGGCUGCCGCAGCCGUCAGAGCAGCUGCUGCCCGCAGCAGCAGCCCCGCGCGGGGCGAAGAGCAGGCACGCGCGGCCGCCGAGUCCCCUGCUUACUCUUGGCCGCUUCUUCUCAGGAGGUGGCAGUCACUGUUGCUGCUGAGAACCCAGCCCGCAUUUCCACGGCUGGUCGCCUGGUGAGGAGCUGAGACUCUGCACCUCCCGCUCGGACACACAUGGCUUGUUACCUGGUCAUCAGUUCGAGACAUCUCCGCAAUGGGCACUACAGGGGCAUUAAAGGAGUCUUCAGAGGGCCCCUCUGCAAGAACGGAUCUCCUUCUCUGGAUUUUCCAGAAAAGGAGAAGUCCACAGCAAAGGCCCUGGAAGAUGUAAAGGCAAACUUUUACUGUGAAUUAUGUGACAAGCAGUAUCACAAACACCAGGAAUUUGACAAUCAUAUUAAUUCUUAUGAUCAUGCUCAUAAACAGAGACUGAAAGAAUUAAAGCAGCGGGAAUUUGCUCGAAAUGUAGCUUCCAAGUCAUGGAAAGAUGAGAAGAAACAAGAAAAGGCACUUAAACGACUCCAUGAGCUGGCUGAGUUGAAGCAACAGUCUGAAUGUACUUCUGGAAAUGGACCAGCAUACAAAGCCCCCAGGGUAGCCAUAGAAAAGCAACUCCAGCAAGGAAUUUUCCCAGUUAAGAAUGGCAGAAAAGUAUCAUGCAUGAAGAGUGCUCUUCUCCUUAAAGGGAAAAAUCUCCCCAGAAGCAUUUCUGAUAAACAGCGGUCUACUGUGCCAAAUCGACACCAGCUACAGACAGACAGACUUUAUUUGUUUGGGAAUCGUGUACCACAAACAUCUUCAGAUCUCGGUAAUGCAAAUCACAGGACAGGAGUAUCAUUUUCUUUUUCCAAAAAAGUGCAUGUAAAAUUAGAAUCCUCAGCAUCAGUUUUCAGUGAGAACACAGAAGAAACCCAUGAUUGUAACAAGUCACCCAUCUAUAAAACUAAACAAACUGUGGAGAAAUGCAAAUGCCCUAGGUUUGCAAAUGAAGGUACACACCUCACUAAGGAAAAAGAUAUAAACAUCUCAUCAAGCCAUCUGGAAAGUGUUUUACAUAAUACCUUCUCCAUAAGCUCUCACAUUUUGCAAGACACAAAUGACUCUAUUGAUGAAACAAUAGAAGGUUCGACUGGCAUUCAUGCUUCCUUCUCUAAAUCUAACAUUUAUCUUUCAGAUAUGGAUUUUCCUCCUUCCAUUAGAGGAAAAGAAACCAGAAAUACACUGAAGAACCCUUCAGAAAGCUACAUUGAUCACGCAUGCCAAGCAAAUUCUUCCUCCGGCCCACCAAACAUUUCCAAGCACAGUGAUACCAGGCUAUUUGAAUGUCUGGAUGAGUUUCCAUCACUGGAGCCAAGUGAGCAAAACAGUCCAGUGAGUCUUAAUCCCAACUCGAGAACGGAGAAGAGAGAAAAAUCUUCAGACGAAACAAGAAGAGUGAGCAAAAAUGUGCAAGGGCUUAUAAGAGAAGCAUGUCCCCAUGAUGUGAAAUCUAAACCAUUGCCUUUUCUCCAUGUACAAAGCAAGGAUGGCCGCACAACUCUCCAAUGGCCUACAGAACUUCUGCUCUUUACAAAAACAGAGCCCUGUAUCUCUUAUGGCUGCAACCCAUUAUAUUUUGAUUUUAAGCUUUCUCGGAACAUGAAGGAUGGCCAUGAUCCAGAAGAUUUAAAAACAGAAUUGAUGAAGGAGCCAUUAGAAAUGAAGAAUAAAAUAGAGAGCCAUGUCUCAGGUUUAAUCAAAGACCAACAAAAAUUGAUCCAAGAAGAUAAUCGAUCUUCGAAACCAAAGAUGAUGAUAGCUAAUGCAGAUUGGGAAAUCUUCCAGAGAAAAUAUCAUUUGGGCUACAGUGAUUCUGAGCCAGAUAUGAGUAAACAUAAUUUUAGUGCAAGCGAUUUGGAAAUAAAAAAUCAUGAAGUGCCUGCUUACCUUGCUAUCUCUCGGAAGAAUUGUGUAGGAAAUAAUAGUAAUAGUGAUAAUGAACUUGAACCUUCAAGGGCCCAUUGGCAAAGCUGCCGAAGGGUGGUUCUAAAUGAUGGAAAUGAGGAUCUAUCUUUUACACCUUACAUCUCUAGGACUAAAAACCAUAAACUGAUUCCCUGUGAUCCUCAUUCAGAUUUUGAAGAUGGAAAUCAAUUCACUUGGAAUUCUAGUUCUUACACAGUAAGGGGUCACAAUGACCAUGGGAAGGACUUUGGUGUGAUUUUAAAUAGUAACCACAUCAGCAUGACCAGCACUGUCUCCGGAUGCAGAAACCGAAGUUCCCCAAAGUUGUCUCUAACUAGACGUUCUAGCCCUUCAGACACAUCCCCUGACAGUACAUCUAGCUUGAAAAGUACUUGUUCAAGUCAUAGCUGCAGCGGUAAUGGUGGAGGUAAUUUGCUCUACUUCUGUAAAAGAGAACACAGCUCAGUUAAAAGGCACAAAGGGAAAUGUCAAAAGCGCAGCUGCCUCUGCUCGUCCGAUGAAAUGGCAAAGAGCGACGACCGCCUGCCAACCGAAUCACAGAGAGAUAGAAACAGAAACUGCAAAUUGUGGGGAUCAGUUAAAAAUGAAAAAUACUCAAAACAUAAAUAUGGUCCCUGCAGAGAAGGAUACAAACUGGGCAAAAAUCAACAAUUUUCAAGGCCAAAAUCCAGAAGAAUCAUGGGUUGUGAUACUAGCUCACAGAUUUCCUAUGCUGGGAACAGUGGAAAACCACCUAAUUGCCAGAGACCUAAGCACAGCAGAUCAGGCUCUUACUCAAGAGAGAGAAUUUAUUACUUAAAUAAAAGCGAAAUGAGUCAACAGUCUUUGCACAGCCCUCAUAUUUGUGAUCUGGGCAAAGUAAAACCCAUACAGUGUAACUCUGGGAAUAUCAGCUGCCUUCUAAGGAACUGUUCCAGCCAUCAUUCAGAAUCCAGAGAGUCAAAUGUUACAGAAGAAGAGAAAACCUCCCGGACGGCCAAAAGCCUUUUAGAAAGAGUUCAAGCUAAGAAGUGUCAGGAACGAUCGACUAAUUUUGAAAUCUCUUCAAAUAGUUGUAAAAGUGAGUCAGAGGCUCAUUCACAAAUCCAAUGCACAAUUGAAUUUACACCACCAGGCUGUAACAGACAAGCAUCACCUUUACAGAACACAGGCAAAGGGAGAAAUGAUAAAGGCAAUGCAACUCAAAGAACUCUUGAGAAAGACAAAGUAAACAGUUCACAGACAAAUAAUUUUACUGUUUUAGUGGAUACUGAUUGUGAUAACCAUCUUUCUAACGGCAUAAUUCACGUAGUAGCAGAGUCUCAGUCACCGAACAUGAAAAAGAACCCAACAACAAAAGAACAAUCAAAAUCUCUAAUGAGUGAAUGCCAACCUUUUAUUCAAAGUUGUGACCAAGUACCAAAUGAUUUCCUUGGUGCUUUUCCAUCUAAUAGACAUACCGGUAUACCUGAUUCAACAGAGACCAAAGAGGACCAAAUAAACCUAAACUUACAGGAUGUGAGCAUGAUUAUAAAUCAUGCAGAGGGGAAUAUAAACUCUUUCUAUGACAGAACUAUGCAGAAGCAUGACAAAGUUGCAGAUGAAUUAGAAUUGUGUCAUAAAUCCAUCUCUCCCCCUUUAAUUCAACAGCCAAUAACAUUUUCUCCUGAUGAAAUAGAUAAAUAUAAGCUCCUACAGCUACAAGCCCAGCAGCAUAUGCAGAAACAGCUCCUAUCAAAGCACCUUCGAGUGUUGCCUGCUACAGGGCCGACUGCCUUCUCCGCAGCCUCAGCGGUACAGACGGUCCCAGUUCACCAGCACGCUUCUUUCACCACCAUCCGCCACACGUUCCUGCAGCAUUUUGCUGUUUCUGCUUCCAUAAAUUCCCAGAGCAGUCACCUCCCUAUAGCUCAUUUACAUCCUCUUUCACAGCCACCUUUUACUUCAUUUACGUUUUCACCUCUGACUCCAACCAUCAUCCCCACACAUCCCACUUUUAUAGCAGGUCAUCCCCUGCAUUUAGUUACUGCUGCCCCCUUCCACCCAUCUCACGUAUCACUUCAGCCACUGCCCCAUGCAGCAUUUAUCCCCACAUUGUUUGGCCCUCACUUAAACCCAGCCGCAACUUCUAUCAUCCACCUGAAUCCUUUAAUUCAACCUGUGUUUCAAGGUCAAGAUCUUUGCCGUCAUUCUUGUUCCAGUCAGAUGCAACAGUUAAAUGGAGUGAAAGAGGCCUUAAAUGUGUCAGCGCACUUAAACUAA